ACCUGGGUCUCUCAGUCCAGGGGUAGAGAUUGUACCACUACACCACAAGAGAGUCCACAAAGUUCAAUGAUAAACACCUGCUCUCAAUCAGGAGGUGUUUUACUUUGGGUCCUGUUCUGAAUGUUUGUGUGUUUACUUGUUUUAUUUAACUUAGUUGUGCACUGUUGCAGGAAAGCCUGAACUAAACAUCUUGCUGAUUGGUCACUGGACAAACUUUCUAGAUGUGCCAUGCUUAGCUACAGGAUAGAACUCUCAAUAACUUUGAUUAAUGGAACAGAACAUUCAACGAAGGUUCCCUCUCUGAAUCACUAUGCAGUAAUUUAUGUUGCAUGUGUCUGCUUGGUGAGGAUUGGGUCUACCUCAAAUACGAUGCACUGUAUGGUUAAAUAUGCAUCGAUAAUCACAAGAUCAUGCAAGAAAAUGGCCAUUUCAGUGAUACUAAAGGACUAGUGACUUCAUUGGUGUGCACCUCCAUAAAAGUAAACAUCUGCCAGACAGGGGAAAGAAAUCUGAAAAUAACUUUUAAGAGCCAGUUACACUGUACAUAUUUGUAUUUAUCACAGGAUUAGCUUGUCCAGAUAUCAAUUACAAACUUCAAUCAAUCCUGGAAGAUGACUGGUUUGAAUCUGGUAGAGCCCAAGAACAGAUGCUGCUUCUUUUCCUUUUCAUUCAAUACUGGGAUGACUUCCACUUUGAGCUGUUGGAUGUAAUAGCGGGACAGAAAACGAUUGUUGAACAUCUGGACCAGAUUCUUCAUUAUAAUAAAGAUGUUGUGAGGAAAUCAGUUCAACCUGUGCUCCAUCAAGUCUUGGAUGAAUGCUUACAUUACAGAAAGGAUCAGAGGAAGAUGCAGACUGCAACCACUGUCAUCUGUGAUGCAAUUCACAGUGUAUUGUCAAGCAGUACAAAUCGUGAUUUUAGAAUCAAGUCGCUACAGCUCCUGAAGGUCUCAAACACACAAGAAAUUAAGACGUCACUUCAGAAUACUCUACAGAAUAUUAUCCAGAAUAGAUUUCUCCUGAGCAGAGUCUGUGACAUGAAACGAAUUCAUUCAGGAAAUGGUGACCGGGUGCUAUCUAGCACUGAUUCAGCUGCCCCAGAGACCAGUCAAGACAGUCUGUAUGAUGCAGACAAAUCCCAGAAAAUCCAUACGGAGCUUGAUGGUUCUGAAUCAGAUCUAUCAUUCACAUUGUCAGGUUUGGACAGUGCGCUUUGGGGUGCUGAAUCUCCAAAAUUGACAGUAGAAACAGACUCUGGUUCCAACAGCAUUGAACAAGGAAUAGGUGCAAAGAAAAGGCAGCUGGAUGCAUGUGGAAUGAAGACCUAUCCAAAUUUCCAUAGCAGCCCUUUCAAAAACACAGUGGAAAAAGAAUAUAAAUAUCCAAGGAUGGAAAAUCUUAACACAAGCCAUGUCUCCUUGCUGAAAACAGAUAUGCAGGUCUCAGCAUCAUUCCCAAUAAGAUUAACAUCUGAGACGAUUGGCUCCUUCGGGGUACAGUGCAGUACAAUGAGCACUGAGCAAACGAUCAUUGGAAAAACAACUGAUAUUAAGGAGGAAUAUCUGUGGCUUCAGGAAGUUUCCAAUUUGUCUGAUUGGAUGCAGUGAUUUCCACCAGAUGAGAGAGGGCUGAAUGCAUCCCUCAGGCCAUCAAUCCAAAUAAGAUAGAAAUGAGUAUUAAUAACUGUAAUGUAAAAGUCAUAUACAGUCUGAAAUAGUAAUAACAAAUAACUUUUACUAAGUGGAUCACUUAGUAAAGCAAAAGGGAAAAUUUAUAAAAUAAAGUUGUUUCUGCAUAAUAGGAGCUUUCUCUUACACUUAAGAUCUGGUCUAUAUUCUAAUGUAGCUGAGGGUGACAUGGCAAGGAUUAGAAGCUAGUAUAUCAUAUUUCUUCAUUACAAUUUUUAUUCAGUGUCCUAUGGAUAGUCAGUCUUGAUAUGGUACCAUGGGAGUAUA